AUGGGAAAAGUUUGCGUCGUAAACAGUUGCCAAAGUGGGCGUAAGACGAAAAAUGUUAUGAAGUCCGUAUCAUUUUUCCGACCAACGACUCCGGCACGAUUAGAAAAUUGGAAAAAGUCGCUAGGAAUUGCAUUAAAAGCAACUGAUUAUAUUUGUCAUCUUCAUUUUAAAGAAGAAAAUAUCAAUAUGUACGAAAAGUUUAAUAUUAAAGGAGAGCUCAAAUAUAUUCCUACACAAAGAAAAACGCUUAAGGAAGAAGCUUUGCCCACGAUGGAGCAUCAGUUUAUUCCCAUACCAGAAUUCCAAGCUAAUAUUAUUCAUGUACAGGAAUCUGUAGAAUUAUACCCCAAUCAAUCUAAGGAGAAGCAACAACAAAUCAAUGUCGAGCAACAGGAAUUAUCAGACGAUCAAAAAUCUUCUAAUGAUUUAAUGGAUUGUGAAAUGAUACAACAUGACUUUGCAGAACCAACCAGUCAAUAUCAGGAUACUGAUAUAACAAUAAACCCAAUAGAGAUUUUUAAAAUAAAGUUUCGGGCAUUUUCGUUGUUGCCGCCUUUUUGGCUACAUGCAGAAAAUUCAAAUGGGCUGGAAUUUAUGCGAAUGGAUCCAACAACUCAGCAGAUUAAACAUCACAUACGUUUAAACGAUGAUCUAUCAAUCACUGUCAUUUUUACUAAUAAAGAAGAAUUGCCAAUAAAGGAGAAAAUUAAUUCAUAUGACAACACCUAUGAUUACUUAAAAUCUGUUGAAAGAUGGCCUUUGUGCGUUGGCACUCAGAUUGACGACAAUAAAUUUUGUAAAGGUGUGAUUGUUGGUGAUGAUACUUACGAAAGAAAUCAACAGUACCCAAGAUGUAAAUCUUGUCGCAUGUUACGAAAUCGUUUGCAGAACCGUUUCAAAGAUAAAUAA